AUGUUGACCAGCAUAGCAGAACGUAUAAUGUACUGCCUGACAGGCAAAACACCAAAUUCUGUAGGUCCAGCAGAUAUAUCAGAAACCGGCGAUGGUUACGAUUUUCUGGAGGUGAAGCCAGGCCGUGUCUUACGAGUACGACACAUCUUGCCUUCUCGCCCUGGAGGUGGAGAGAUAGAGGAAGUAGAAGAAGUGAAGAACUCGGGAAAAGGCCUAAUUCAUUGCAAGAGAAGGAUAACUGUCUAUCGUAAUGGUCAGCUAGUGAUAGAAAAUCUUGGUGCCACCCUUCGUUCUGAAAUCUUACAUUGCCGCAAUGGGAACACAGAGCAAUCUGGAACAUUGGAGGUGGAGCUUUCAGAUUACACUAGUACAGGCAAUGAUGGUGGAGGAGGAAAAGAGAGUGAUGUACCUCCUGGCAGACGCAGAAAGCGCAAGCCAAAGAAAGUAGUACUGGUUGAUUGCCAAAGACGAGUCAGCAGCUGUAAAGGCACACAUUCUGAUGUAGUCCUGUUCUUCAUUCAUGGUGUUGGAGGGUCUCUUGAUAUAUGGAAAGAACAACUUGAUUUCUUCUCUAAACUUGGCUACGAGGUAGUAGCCCCAGAUUUGGUAGGACAUGGUUCCAGUGCAGCUCCACAAAUUGGGGCAGCUUACACGUUCUAUGCUCUCGCAGAGGAUAUGAGAUGUGUCUUCAAACGUUAUGCCAAGAAAAGGAACAUCUUAGUUGGACAUUCAUAUGGGGUCUCCUUCUGUACCUUUCUGGCCCAUGAGUAUCCUGACUUAGUCCACAAGGUGGUUAUGAUUAAUGGUGGUGGACCCACAGCCCUUGAGCCCAGCCUCUGCUCCAUCUUUAACAUGCCUACUUGUGUGUUGCACUGUUUGUCUCCUUGCCUGGCGUGGAGCUUCCUCAAGGCUGGGUUUGCUCGACAAGGUGCCAAAGAGAAACAGCUCUUACGAGAGGGCAAUGCCUUCAAUGUGUCAUCCUUCGUACUACGAGCCAUGAUGAGUGGCCAGUACUGGCCAGAAGGCGAUGAGGUGUAUCACGCAGAGUUAACUGUCCCUGUGCUGCUUGUGCAUGGAAUGCAUGACAAAUUUGUUCCCCUAGAAGAAGACCAAAGGAUGGCAGAGAUCCUACUAAUCACAUUUCUAAAGGUGAUAGAAGAAGGCAGUCACAUGGUCAUGCUGGAGUGCCCAGAAACUGUUAACACUCUACUUCAUGAGUUCUUCUUAUGGGAGCCAGAACUACAGAACUCAAGUGUAGAAGAAAUUGUGACACAGGAAGUCGUGAAUGAAUGA